AUGCUGCCUGCCUUGAGAAUCGCGGCCCGCCGCGUGCCCGCCGUGCGCAGAUCCGCUACCGCUUUCCAGGCUGCCCGAGCUGCCUCGACCUGGGCCAAGGUGCCCCAGGGCCCUCCCGAUGCCAUCCUGGGUAUCACUGAGGCAUUCAAGGCCGACUCCUUCGACAAGAAGAUCAACCUAGGUGAGUGCUACAACACGCCACGUCCUGCACCGCUGGCCGAAUACGACCACGUUCGUGUCGGUGCUUACCGUGACGACAAGGGCAAGCCCUACGUCCUCCCCUCCGUCCGCUCCGCCGAAGAGAAGGUCGUCAAGAACCGCCUCAACAAGGAGUACGCCGGCAUCACCGGUAUCCCCGAGUUCACCAAGGCCGCCGCCGUCCUCGCCUACGGCAAGGACUCGUCCGCCCUCGACCGCCUCGUCAUCACCCAGUCCAUCUCCGGCACGGGUGCUCUGCGCAUCGGCGCCGCCUUCCUCGAGCGCUUCUACCCCGGCGCCAAGAAGAUCUACAUCCCCAACCCGUCAUGGGCCAACCACGGCGCCGUCUUCAAGGACGCCGGCCUCGAGGUCGACAAGUACCGCUACUACGACAAGAAGACCAUCGGUCUCGACUUUGAGGGCAUGGUCGCCGACAUCAAGGCCGCCCCCAAGGGCAGCAUCUUCCUGUUCCACGCCUGCGCACACAACCCUACCGGCGUCGACCCCACCGAGGCCCAGUGGAAGGAGGUCAGCGCCGCUGUCAAGGACGCCGGCCACUACGCCUUCUUCGACAUGGCCUACCAGGGCUUCGCCUCGGGCUCCACCGACAAGGACGCCUUUGCCGUCCGUUACUUCGUCGAGCAGGGCCACAACAUCUGCCUGGCCCAGUCCUUCGCCAAGAACAUGGGUCUCUACGGCGAGCGUGUCGGUGCCUUCUCCAUCGUCGCCGCCGAUGCCGAGGAGAAGAAGCGCAUCGACUCGCAGAUCAAGAUCCUCGUCCGCCCCCUGUACUCCAACCCCCCGAUCCACGGUGCCCGCAUCGCCGCCGAGAUCCUGAACGACCCCGCUCUCAACAAGCAGUGGCUCGCCGAGGUCAAGGAGAUGGCCGACCGCAUCAUCACCAUGCGCGCUCUCCUCAAGGAGAACCUCGAGAAGCUGGGCAGCAAGCACGACUGGGGCCACAUCACCAGCCAGAUCGGCAUGUUCGCCUACACUGGCCUUGACGCCGCACAGAUGGAUACCCUGGCCAAGGAGCACAGCGUGUACGCCACCAAGGACGGCCGUAUCAGCGUGGCUGGCAUCACCAGCGACAACGUUGGCCGCCUUGCCGAGGCCAUCUUCAAGGUCAAGGGUUAA